AUGUCUUCCUUAUUCGAUGCCGUGCUCCAGUCCGAGCUGGGCUCUGCUCCCUCUCGUGACAACCUCCGAUCAGACAAUUUGCCCAGCUCUCGACACUCGGACGGGAAUGGCCCCAUGAGUGAUAUGAAUACCUACCCAGAUGACCAGGUUGUCGGACCGGGGAGCUCUGCUGUCAGCCGUAUGCGGAACCCAUAUGCCCCUGGGCCACCGCCAGUCGUCGACGAUGCAGCAGAGCAAGUUCGGGUAGCAUUCGAAGAAUUACUCGAGUCAUACGUUGAUGAACCGUCAUCUUCUGCGCCGCCUUCUUCUGGAGAACUCCUCAGUGACAAAUAUUAUAUCGCCCAGAUCAAGGGAAUGAAAAAGUUCGAGUUAUCGACUCUCUACGUUGAUUUCACACACAUCAAUAAUCCAGUCCUGGCAGAUGCCAUUGCUGGUCAAUACUAUCGAUUCCUUCCUUUCCUCACCAAGGGUCUGCACAACCUAAUCGCCAAGUACGAACCGGAAUACUUCGUUUCCCACCGAAUGACUGCCAGCUCCUCCUCGCGGGCCAGUACCUCUGUUGCGUCGGCAUAUGCGGGCAUGGAAGACAACCCUGACCUUGAACGUCAAAUACGCGAGAAGACCCGUCACCAGCAAACCGACAAGCUGUUUGCACUUGCAUUUUACAAUCUGCCCUUGGUUUCCAGACUGCGACAGCUUCGGACGAAUCAGAUUGGAAAGUUGCUUUCCGUCUCCGGCACAGUUACGAGAACAUCUGAAGUCCGGCCGGAACUCUCAUUGGGAACUUUCAUCUGUGAAGGUUGCAAGACUGUCGUCCCCAGUGUUGAGCAGACUUUCAAAUACACAGAGCCAACCGAAUGCCCCAAUACAACUUGCGGUAACCGCGUGGGAUGGCGCUUGGAUAUCGGAAAGAGUACGUUCGUCGAUUGGCAAAAGAUCAAACUCCAAGAAUCGUCCCACGAAAUUCCAACUGGUAGUAUGCCCCGCACCAUGGACGUCAUCUUGCGUGGUGAGAUGGUCGAUCGCGCCAAGGCCGGUGAACGUUGCGUUUUCACAGGUACCUUGAUUGUCGUCCCUGAUGUCAGUCAACUGGGUCUUCCCGGUGUGCGCCCUGAAGCCGUGCGCGAUAACACUUCAUUCCGCGGCACCGAAGUCGGUGGUGGCGGAGUCACUGGUUUGAAAUCUCUGGGUGUACGUGAUCUGACGUAUAGAUUGGCCUUCCUUUCCUGCAUGGUUACGCCAGACACGACUACCCCCGGCCAAAAGCCGGAGCAGCAGCUCAGCGGCCAGUCAAAUAACAUCUUGGCGUCCUUGAACCAGAACCAGGAUGUCGAUGCUGGAGAUGAAUCGGCCCAAGAAGCUUUCCUGCAGAGUCUCACGCCGGCCGAGGUACAGGAUCUCAAGCAACUGGUGCACUCUGAGUAUAUCUACUCCCGAUUGACUGACUCAAUCGCACCCAUGAUCUAUGGUCACACCCAAAUUAAGAAGGGUCUGCUUCUGCAGCUGAUUGGUGGUGUCGGCAAAUCCACGUCGGCUGAAAGCUUGAAGUUACGUGGUGAUAUCAAUAUUUGCAUUGUUGGCGAUCCCUCGACUAGUAAGAGUCAGUUCUUAAAGUAUAUUUGCUCUCUCCAUCCUCGCGCAGUCUACACCAGUGGUAAAGCCUCUUCAGCAGCUGGUCUGACCGCUUCGGUGGUAAAGGACCCCGAGACAGGCGAGUUCACCAUCGAAGCUGGUGCUCUGAUGCUUGCGAACGGCGGUGGUAUUUGCGCCAUCGAUGAGUUCGACAAGAUGGAUAUCGCCGAUCAAGUUGCCAUUCACGAAGCCAUGGAACAGCAGACAAUCUCCAUUGCCAAGGCCGGUAUUCAUACUACCCUCAAUGCCCGCGCAUCGAUCCUUGCCGCCGCCAACCCCGUCAACGGCCGCUACGACCCGAAGCAGACCCUCCGGAACAACCUGAACUUCAGUGCCCCAAUCAUGAGUCGCUUCGAUGUGUUCUUUGUCAUCCGCGAUGACCCCAAGGAGUCAGUCGACCGCAGUCUUGCCGAGCACAUUGUCAACGUGCACAUGAACCGCGACGAGGCCGUCAAGCCAGAAUUGAGCACAGAACAAUUGCAACGCUACAUUAGAUUCGCGCGCACUUUCCGCCCUGUCUUCACCGAAGAGGCAAAGGCACUGCUGGUUGAGAAAUACAAGGAACUGCGCUCCAACGAUGCCCAGGGAGGUAUCGGCCGCUCUUCAUACCGUAUCACUGUCCGUCAACUCGAGUCUUUGAUCCGUCUGUCCGAGGCCGUCGCCAAGGCCAAUUGUGUCGAGGAAGUCGUUCCCAAGUUCGUCGUUGAGGCGUACGAUCUUCUCCGUCAGAGUAUUGUGACUGUUGAGAAGGAUGAUGUCGAGAUCGACGAGGACGAGCCUACCCGUACCAACGCCGAUGAAGAUCACGAGAUGGCUGACGGCGACGACGAGGGUGAUAGCCCUAUGCGCGAUGUCGCGGAGCCAGUCCCGGCCCCCGCUUCAUCGGAACGACAGAAGACCAAGAUCACCUUUGACAAGUACGCCAAGAUCCUCAAUCAGAUGGUCAGGCGAGUACAUGAAGACGAGGUCAACUCGGGCGAGGGUGUCGAGGAGGAAGACCUUGUGCUCUGGUACUUGGAGCAGAUUGAGGGUGAAUUGAACACCGAGGAGGACUACAAGCGUGAGCGCGAAUUGGCAGGCAAGGUUUUGAAACGCAUGGUUAAGGACAAAAUCCUGUUGCGCAUUGCUGGAACCGGCCUCACAGAUGGAACCGAAGGCGCCGACCAAGCGGACAGCAAGAUCAUGUUCGUCUUGCAUCCCGACUGUGCCUUUGAGGAAAUGUGA